AUGCCACCCAGGCGUAAGAAUCAGAGAAGUCAGGGAAACAAUCUCUUCAUCAACGCCCACCCCAGCCCUGACAAGAAACACUGGCGCAGACGCGAAAACAGCUCCAACAACCGCCUCCCCGGCCCCAACGAUAUGGCCACAGGAGAUUUUUAUUACCCAAAUAACUCAAGCUCUCACGCAAUGCAAUUCCCCUCCCCUGGCCACCCAGGCGGACACCCAGACAACGCGUUCGGCCCUCCUGGUCACCCCGGCCCCGCUCCCUACCAGCCGUACUACGGCCCUGGUGGUAAUGUCUGGACUUCGGAAAGACCUUUUGCGCUUGAGCAGGCGGAGGCUCAGAUGCUUGAUAUGGUGGCGCGUGAGGAGGAGCUGAAGGAUCAGGAAAAAAGGUUGUUUUUGGAGGAAUAUCGCUAUGUAGGACGGCAGACGCAGUAUGAACCUCCUCACGUCGACGCUGACGAGUUCGAACCGACCCCAGAUGAACCGGAGAUUGAACCGGAGAGCAAACCUCUAAAUACUGGCAAUGGAAACAGCGUUGAAUCUGCCUACGGCAUUGUGUCAGAGACUGGUCGUGGUGGUAAUACUGCUAGCAAGGGUGCGGGUUUCAAGCUUCGUGGUGAUGCCCCCGAGUUUGUUCCAAUGAACAAGAAAUCCCAGGGCAGAAAACGUCAGGAUUCUGUGACUAUUGUCACUAGCUGGUACUAG